AGGCGGGGCCGGGUUGCCGGAAGAGCCGCGCGGACGGCGGCGUUGAGGGAACGGCAGCGCUUCCGCCGCGACGUAAUGGCGGGGAGGCGGUAGGGGUCGGAGUGUCGGCGGCUGGUGUGAACCACAGAAUCAAAUAGCAAUAACUAUGGGAGACACUGCGAAGCCUUACAUUACCAAACAAAGUAAGGAACCGGAGAUAAUAUUUGAAGAAGAGUUCAAAGGAGGUCUCUCACGGAAAGACUACCAAGUAACAGAUGAAUAUGGAAAUGGCCAUAGCAAUAAAAUAGAUAUCAGCCUGCAGAAGAAGAAGGGAACACCAGGUCAUUAUGGAGGUAGUCCCAGACGAGGACCACGUACUGUUUUCAGUAGCCCAAAUUCUCUUAAAAAUAUAACUCCCAGUCCAGGGUCAAAGUUGAGUGACACUCAAAAAGACCAAAUAAAGAAGUGGAUAUCUGAUGACCACCGUGGUAAUUCUGAAAACCGGAGAGACUACAGAUCUGGAAUCUGGAUUCCCACGCAUAACAGAACAAGAAAGGACUCUUUUCACGAAGUUGAAGGUGCAGGAAACAGAAAUGUAAGACGACAACUUCAGAAAGACUUAGCAGAUGAAGACGUGUCAGACUUGCAGAGAGGAAGCUCUGAAAUGAAGAAACUCAGGAAAACAAGGAGAUCAAGAAGAAGUAGAAAAGAUGAGUAUGAUCAAGAUGAUGAAGUGGGUGGCCCAGUCAUAGAUGAAUCUGUGCUUUCAGCAAAAGAGCUUCUAGGUUUACAGCAAGCUGAAGAACGAUUGAAGCGAGACUUCAUUUAUAGACUGAAGAAGCAACCUCGAAGCUACCCAUCAGCAAAAUAUGCCUGCAAAUUAUGUGAUGUUUUGAUUGAAUCUGUGACUUUUGCUCAUAAGCAUAUUAAGGAGAAAAGACACAAGAAAAGCAUAAAGGAAAAGCAAGAGGAACAGCUAUUGAAUGCCCUGCCUCCUCCAACACCUUCACAGAUUAAAGCUAUUGAUGUUGCCAUUGAAAAUGUAGUACAAGAGUUUGGCUUAAGUAAUGCAGAUUUACAAGAAAGGCUCAAGAUUGGAACAAUAAUGGAAGACUUACUGCAUCAAAAAUUGCCAGAGUGCUCCUUAAGGUUGUAUGGAUCUUCCUUUAGCAGAUUUGGUUUCAAAACUUCAGACAUAAACAUAGACAUCCAGUUUCCUGCCAGCAUGACUCAGCCAGAUGUUCUCUUACUUGUUCAAGAAUGUCUACAGAACAGUGAAUCUUUUGUUGGAGUUGAUGCAGAUUUCCAUACUAGAAUACCGGUGGUGGUAUGCAGAGAAAAGCAAAGUGGCCUUAUUUGUAAAGUAAGUGCAGGGAAUGAAAAUGCUUAUCUGACAACAAACCAUUUGGCUACCAUUGGAAAACUGGAGCCUACUGUUGCAUCUUUAGUGAUUGCCUUCAGGUACUGGGCAAAGCUGUGCUGUGUCGAUCGUCCUGAGGAAGGAGGUUUGUCGCCCUAUGUGUUUGCAUUAAUGGUUAUCUUCUUUCUGCAACAGAGGAAAGAGCCUUUUCUACCUGUCUAUUUGGGAUCAUGGAUUGAAGGUUUCUCAUUAAACAAAUUAACUAAUUUCCAUCUUAAAGAAGUUGAGAAUGAUGUUGUGAUUUGGGAACAUAACCCUGUUGACAAUGCUGAUUUGCCACAAGAAACUUCCCCUACAAGGGACAAGGUUCCCUUAGUAUUUGAUUCAGUACAGAAAUGUUCAGCACCUGUAGGGCAACUUUGGGUAGAACUGCUUCGUUUCUAUGCCUUGGAGUUCAAUAUGGCUGAUUUGGUUAUUAGCAUACGACUGAAAGAAAUAGUGUCGCGUGAAUUGAAGGACUGGCCUAAAAAGCGCAUAGCUGUGGAAGACCCAUAUUCGGUCAAAAGGAAUGUUGCAAGAACUCUGAACAGCCAGCUAAUGUACGAAUACAUUCUUCACUGCUUGAGAGCAACUUACAAGUAUUUUGCUUUACCUCACAAAAAACCUGUGAAAUUGAGAAAAAAAUCCCUUCCAAAUGCCAAUGAGGAGGAGUCUGUAAAGCUGGACAAUGGAAGUGACAGUGUAAAGCCUGACAAUUCUGAGUUGCAAAAUGUCAGUGGUAUAAUUAACACAGCAGUAGUGGAAGGUUAUGUAAUUGAAACUACAGAUAUUCCUCAGGUACAUGGAACUUUUCCUUCAAAGGUGUGUGAUGGCUCAGAGAGCGUGACAGAAGAAGAACUGGCUGAUGAUACAAGUCAUUUGGGAAUUGUUCAAGAAGAUUCAGACUGCAUAGUUGAAGAGGUUAUUUCUGGAGAUAAUGAGGGCUUUAAACCAAGUUGUGAAGAGAUGGAGAGUGGAAAUGAGGAGGAGGAGGAGGAGGAAGAAGAAGAACAAGAGCAAGAAACAAGAUGGAAUAAUAUCUUGUCUACUGAUCAGGGAAUAGAUGAAGACAGCGAUGGUGGAGAUCUCCCUGUAACAAUGACAGAUCAUGAUAUAGAGACAUGCAGUACUUCAGACUUGGAAGGUUUUCAAAUAACAGCACUUACAGAGAGUGAUGAGUUUGGCUUGGAGUGCACAGGCAUAAUGGAUAACAAGAUUGAUGCUGAUGAGGAGAGUACUGAAGGUACUGAUGAACUGGAUGAAUCCCCCCAGAAGUUCAUACAUUCAACAAAGAAUCAACUGGCUGAAGUGAUUAACUCAGAGGAGGAGGAAGAGGAGGAAGAACUGAGUCUUCUAAACCAGGCAGCAUGUGGUGGUAUCCUAACAACCAAAGGUGAACUAGACAAUACAUACCCUGGAUCUGGAGAUGAGAAUGCCCUGUCUGAGGAAGAUGAUGAUUUAUCCAUCAUUAAUAAAUAUGAAGAAAACCGUUUCAAAGACAACAUUCACGGAUCUCUGAGGAUCAGUUUCAGUCAAGAGGAUCUUACUGAGAAGGGAGAUCUUUGUGAAGAGAAUGCAGUGGUAGAAAAGUGUUUAGAAUCUGAACUCUUUUAUGAAUUUAGUAAACAAGCUUUUACAAAAGGCAAGUCUCCUACAGUAGUGUGUAGCUUGUGCAAACGGGAAGGUCACUUAAAACGAGAUUGUCCAGAAGACUUCAAGAAAAUUGAGCUGGACCCACUGCCACCUCUGACACCCAAGUUUUCAGUUAUUCUAGAUCAAGUUUGUGUCCAGUGUUACCAGGAUUUUGCUCCAAAUAUUAUAGAGGAUCAGGCUCGGGAACAUAUAAGACAAAACCUGGAAAACUUCAUUAGACUGGAAUUCCCAGGAACAAAGCUGAAUUUGUUUGGCUCCUCAAAAAAUGGCUUUGGUUUCAAACAAAGUGAUCUUGAUAUCUGUAUGACGAUGGAUGGGUUGGAAACUGCUGAGGGACUUGAUUGUAUCAAAAUUAUUGAAGAUUUAGCAAAAGUUCUCAAGAAACAGUCAGGUCUACGAAAUGUCUUGCCUAUAACAACUGCUAAAGUCCCAAUUGUCAAAUUUUUCCAUGUCAGAAGUGGUCUUGAAGUAGACAUCAGUUUAUAUAACACUCUGGCCUUGCAUAAUACAAGACUUCUUUCAUCAUAUGCAGCCAUUGAUCCUCGAGUGAAAUAUCUGUGCUAUACGAUGAAAGUUUUUACAAAGAUGUGCGACAUUGGAGAUGCAUCUCGUGGUAGCCUUUCUUCUUAUGCAUAUACUCUUAUGGUGCUUUAUUUUCUUCAACAGAGAAAUCCACCUGUCAUCCCUGUUCUUCAAGAGAUCUACAAAGAACCAAAAAAGCCUGAAAUUUUAGUUGAUGGUUGGAACGUUUAUUUCUUUGAUAAGAUAGAAGAGUUGCCAGUUGUUUGGCCUGACUUUGGCAAAAACACUGAAUCUGUAGGGCAACUGUGGCUGGGACUUCUUCGUUUUUACACUGAAGACUUUGAUUUUAAAGAGCAUGUCAUCUGCAUUAGGAGAAAGAACCUGCUUACAACUUUCAAGAAGCAGUGGACAUCCAAAUACAUUGUUAUUGAAGACCCCUUCGAUUUGAACCACAAUCUUGGAGCUGGAUUAUCAAGAAAAAUGACAAACUUUAUAAUGAAAGCUUUUAUAAACGGCAGAAGAGUAUUUGGUACUCCUGUAAAAAUAUUUCCUAAAGAAUAUCCAUCAAAAAUGGAGUACUUCUUUGAUCCAGAGGUACUGACAGAAGGAGAAUUGGCACCAAAUGAUAGAUGCUGCAGAAUUUGUGGUAAAAUUGGCCAUUUCAUGAAAGAUUGUCCCAUGAGAAGAAAACUGAGGCGACGACGUGAUUAUGAAGAUAGUAAAAACCAGAGGUACACAGAAAACAAAGAGAAAAGCAAAGAGGACAAAGAAAUACAGAACAGAACAACAGAAAAAGAAAGCUCUGUCAAGGAGGGGAAAUUGCAUCUAUUUACACCUCAGAAGAGCAAAGUAGCAAGGGGAAUAGUGGAAACUGGAAAAGAACGGUCUCCCAGGCAAUCAACAGAGAAGUGGAAGCGACAAGAAGACAGAGAGUUAAAAGAAAAACGUUGUUUUAUCUGUGGAAGAGAAGGUCACAUUAAAAAGGAAUGCCCGCAGUAUAAGGUAGCUGCAGGAGGUUCAAAACCAGAAAUGUUGUGUGGAUCCCCUUUACCUCCAACUGCCAAACAUGCUGGUCGAUUAAAUCAGGGAAUGGUUACACAUGAAGAAAAAAAGAAACAAAAAGGAAAAGUACUUUUGAGUCCCCAGACAGGAGCAACAUGUGGAGCACUUUCUUGUGAGGCUUCCUCAGAAUAAUCAUCUAGAAUUCCACAUGAUCAGCUAACUUAAGAGAGACUAUGAAAGCACAUCUUUUGAUCUGUCAAAAUGCGAGAAAGUUAAAAUUACACUUACAAGUAGCAGACAGACGAUGACAUAAAGGCCUUUGUAUACGCUCUCUGGAUCAGAGACAUUUUGUGCACUGUGUUAGAUGCAUGGUUGCCACUGCAGCUUCCUUACAGAAAUUUCACACAUUUAACUUGUUAACUGUCACAAUGAAGAUUUUUCAAGUAACUGUUUUUUUCUUUUUAAUUACUUUGAGUUUUGUGUGCAAGUGCAAACCAUUCAGCAGCUUGGGUUUUUCCAUGGAAUACAUAGAUCUCUUCUGGGGCAUCUGAAGGGAGAUUUGAGAAGUCUUUGCAAACUGCUAUUGAAUAUCUCUGUAGGUUUUCAGUUUUAUGUGGGGUGUGGAAAAAAGUCAUUCUUUGAAGCUGAGUUUGGGAAAUUAAAAAAAAAAAAAAAGCAGUUUGUCCUCAGGCAUUUAUUUGGAAAAAAAGUAAUCUUUUCUGUAUUAUAGUAUUUCCUACUGUCCUCUAGCAGCUGAUAUUAUAAAGUUGAUCUUGUGUGCUUUCGUUGCAGUUCAACUUAACAGUAAUUUCUUCUUGUUUUACUUUUGUUUGUUUGUUUCUGUCUAUGGUGGUGGUAGUGGUGGUUAUUGGGUUGGGAUUUCUUUGUGUUUUGUUUUGAUUUGAAACCUUUAAGCUUUUAAAGUGUGAUGCUUUUUUUCCCCCCCUGAUCUCAGGCAGCCUUUCCAAUAGAUAUAUGACUCAGGGAAAAGCCUCACAGAAGAGGACCCAGCAAGAAUCAUGAGGGAUAUGAAGCACUGUUAAAUUGCAAUACAGUUGCAAUUUACUUCAUUCUUAUACUUAAAAACUUACUUUGGCUAAAGCAUCUGGAUUCACAGGACAGCAGCAUAAAUAAUCUUCAACUUAAAACACCCAUGUUUCUUUAACCUUACUUUAGAUGGCUAGUAAAGGAUUUUAAUAUAGUGUCAUACCAUAGAUCCCUUACUCCUAAAUAGAUUGUCUGAGCAUUUUAAUAGAAAGCCAUGAUGUUUUGUAUUUGUUUACUAGGUAAAUCAUAUAGAUAAAUGCAGGUACUGAAAAUGGACCAAGGUUUUGUCAUUCAGCCUGAGCAUUUUAAAAUGCACUAAAAUUGUUGCAGGCCAAAUAAAUGUAUUUUCUUCAAAAUAUGAUUUUUUUGAAGGAGCAAAUAUUAUUUAUAUAUGUUGAUUGUUAAUGAAUAUUUGUGUAAAAGUGUUUGAAAUGCUUGUAGACUGUGCUUACAAACAGGUUUUUGUGGUGUUUUUAUUUUCCCCGUGUAGAGGACUGAAAACACAGUCAUUAGUAAACAUAUGUUAAAGCUGUCUCUGCAGUAAAGCAGUACCAGUGAGAUUUUUAGUUUUUUGCCCCUUCUUUGAUUUUAUGAAAUUUAAUUUGCUGCUGUGCUUGUGUACAAGGAAGGAGAAGAGAGGAAAAAAAAAAGAAAAAAAAAAAAAAAAAGAAAAAGAGACAACUAAGAAACAGGUCAGUCCUGUUUGAUGCUGCUAAGAAUCUUUUUCAUUAUCUUGGGGAUACAGACAUAACUGCUUUAUGGAAUAGAGAAAUGAUAUAUGGCAUCUGGGGAAAACACAUGUGCAUUUUCAUAAAAUGUGAAUGGGAUCCUUGGACCAGCCAAGAAUUUAAGUAGGUUUAUCAACUUGAGCUUUACUUGAAGUCCUUCCAGAGCUGGUAGUGUACUCUGUCUUGUUCAGGAAAUAAUUACAUGGUAAAAUUGAAACCACUGUUAUUUAUGACUUUGAAAUAAAUAAAUAAAAUCAAAAUCCAGAA